CCAACCCAUCAUCCCAGGACCACCACCACCAAACUCUCCCUCCACUCAGCACCGCCCAGCCUCCGGGAACCCCGAGGAGCCGGUCCACACCCUGUCCGCUCCCUGCAGGACGGGACCCAGCGCCGACCAGACCCUCCCGCCACCGCCGCCGUCCUCCACGGACCCAGCCGGGGGGACUGUCCGCCACCCCUCUACCGCCCAAGCCAUGAGCAUGGAGAACAUGCUGAGGGACAUCGAACUGGCCGGGGAGCCGGCGGGGAAGACCGCUGGGGCCCGGAGGUUCGGGCACUGCCUCUGCCUCAGCCUCAUUUCCUUCUUCCUCGUGGCCGGUGCCACCACGCUCUUCUGCCUGAUUCAUUUUGGGGUCAUUGGCCCUCAGGACCGAGAGCAGGACAGCCCCCUCCUCCCGCUCACGCAGAUGCUAAAAUCCUAUCAGCCUUCAGCAGAGAAGCCCGCUGCCCACGUUGUAGCCAAUUCCCAGGAAGACAAGAAGCUGGUCUGGGUGGGCGGCCGUGCCAACGCCCUGCUGGAAGGCAGUGUGAUCCUGAACAACAACCAGCUGGUGGUUCCUGCCUCCGGCCUCUACCUCGUCUACUCUCAGAUCCUGUUCAAGGACAGCAGCUGCCCCGCCAACCCCGACGACUCCCCCAUCCUGACUCACAACGUCUCCCGCUUCUCCGAGUCCUACGAGCACGAAGUCUCCAUCCUCUCGGCCAUCAAGACCCCCUGCCAGGGCGGGGCCAAGGGCACCUGGUACGAGCCCAUCUACCAGGGGGGCAUCUUCAGGCUGAACCAGGGAGACAGGCUCAGCUCCCAGACCAACAGCCCCGAAUAUCUGGACUUUUCCAUGGAAGGACAAGUAUAUUUUGGCAUCAUUGCCCUGUGAGGCAGUCGGAGGGACCCACCCCCCCGGCCUCUCCG